GCAGCUCCGCCUCCGUCCCGUGACGCGGCCGGGUCCUGCGCGGCCACCGUCGGGUAAGAUGGCGGCGGAGAGCAGCGACAGCGAGGAGGAGGACUUGGUGAGCUAUGGCAGCCCGCUGCAGCCGCUGCAGGAGGGUGAACGAAUUAAGAAGCCAGUUCCUCUUCAAGAACAGACUGUUAAAGAUGCAAAGGGACGAUACCAGCGUUUCCAUGGCGCAUUUACUGGUGGCUUUUCUGCUGGUUACUUUAACACUGUUGGUACAAAGGAAGGAUGGACACCUUCAGCCUUUGUAUCAUCACGGCAGAAGAGAGCAGGUAGAACCGUUCUUGGACCAGAAGACUUCAUGGAUGAAGAGGAUCUUAGUGAAUUUGGGAUAGCACCAAAAGAUAUUACAACUACAGAUGAUUUUGCAUCUAAAAGUAAAGACAGAAUAAAGGAGAAGGCUAGACAGAUUGCAGGAGUGGUUGCUCCCAUUCCAGGAACCACUGCAUUUGAUGAUUUAAUAGGACCAUCUAAAAUAACAAUUGGGGUUGAACUGUUACGAAAAAUGGGCUGGAAAGAAGGACAAGGAAUUGGACCACGAGUCAAAAGAAAGCCAUGCAGGCAGAAACCUGAUCCUACAGUGAAAAUAUAUGGCUGUGCAUUACCACCUGGACUGUCCGAGGGUUCUGAGGAUGAAGAGGAUGAAUACCAGCCAGAGAAUGUGACAUUUGCACCCAAAGAUGUAAUGCCUGUAGACUUAACUCCAAAAGAGAAUGUCCAUGGACUUGGCUAUAAGGGUUUGGACCCCUCACAAGCUUUGUUUGGUGUAUCUGGAAGAGAACACCUGAAUCUUUUCACAGGUGGUUCUGAAGAAACAAGCAAUUUACUUGGUGAUCUGAGACACAGUAAAGGAAGAAAACUAGGUAUUACAGGUCAGGCUUUUGGUGUAGGAGCUUUAGAGGAAGAAGAUGAUGAUAUUUAUGCAACCGACACACUGUCAAAAUAUGAUACAGUUCUAAAGGAUGAGGAACCUGGAGAUGGCUUGUAUGGCUGGACAGCACCAAAACAGUAUAAAUCCAAACAAAGGUCUGAAAGAGAAUUUAAAUAUAUAGGCAAAAUCCUGGCUGGUUUUUCCUUGGCAUCAAAAUCAUCAGCUCCAAUCAAGGUUUAUCCACCACCUAGCCUGCCACGAAAUUACAGACCAGUCCAUUACUUUCGACCUGUGAUAACAGCAGGGAAUGAAAACUGCCACUUACAGAAGGCAUUGGAGGAGUCAACUGGGAAACUUGAGAGUGAUGCAGCACACCAAAGCAGGCAUGCUUUGAAUGCAGCUCAGAGGAGGGAGCAGCUAGGAGAGACUGAGCUGAAAGGUCCAGCUCCUUCUAUUUUGGAAUAUCUGUCUGAAAAAGAUAGAGAAAGACUCAAAGAAGUGAAACAAGCAUCUGAACAAAAAAUGAAAGCAAAAAUAGUGUCUCAGCAGCCACCAAAUAGCAGGUUCCAGUCAGCCUCCCCAGAAAAUGCUGCUCACAAAUGGCAAAUGCUGCUGGGGGGCCAGUUAGCAAGUGCUGGAGAGCAGUUAGCAAAUGCUGGUUCUAGUGACUUCAAACCAUUUGCAAAAAAUCCAGAAAAACAAAAAAGAUAUGAAAAAUUUGUGAAAAGUCUUAAACAAGGAGAAAAAGCAGAGACAUUGGAGCGUUUUUUAGACCCAAAUAUGACAGAAUGGGAGCGGGGCAGAGAACAGGAGGAGUUCUUCCGUGCAGCAAUGUUCUACAGAUCCUCAAAUUCAACGCUCUCAUCCAGAUUUACCCGGGCCAAGUACGAAGAUGAUGUUGACAAAGUUGAAGUUCCUCGAGACCAAGAGAAUGAUAUUGAUGAUAAGGAAACAGCUGUGAAAAUGAAGAUGUUUGGCAAACUCACAAGAGACAACUUUGAAUGGCAUCCUGAUAAGCUGCUGUGCAAAAGAUUUAAUGUUCGCGAUCCAUAUCCUGAUUCUUCAAUAGUGGGUUUACCUAAAGUGAAACGAGACAAGUAUUCUGUUUUUAAUUUCUUAACUGUGGCUGAGCCUACCACAUCUGCAUCUCAAGCAACAAAUGAAAAGAUUCAAGAGAAACCAAAGAAAUCUUCAAGGUGGGAUGUGUCAGAUAAAGAGAAGGAGAAGAAAGAUUCAAUCAGUGAAUUCAUUAGUCUUGCUAGAUCAAAAGCUGAUGUUCAGAAGCAGCCACCACUUCCAGCAAAAGAAGAAUGUGCAACUGGGACAACUGAAACUCUUCCCACUGUGGAGGUAGCUGAUGAAGAUAAGAAUCAGGAGGAAGAAAGCAGACGACCACCCAUGGACUUAUUUAAAGCCAUCUUUGUGAGCUCCUCAGAUGAAAAAUCAUCUUCCUCUGAAGAAGAGAGUGAUGAAGAACAGCAACCAACUACUUCAGAAAGAGAGUCAGAAACCACCAAGCAAGUUGAUGUACCAGACAGUUCUUCCUCUAAUUUACAAGAGAGUGUGACUGCUACAACUGAUUCUGCCAUUUCUUCAUUGCCUACUUCAAAGCAGGAGGUGGAUACAGCAGAGGAAUUUGGACCAAAGUUGCCACCAUCUUUUUCUCCUGGCACUAAUAGGCAACAACAAACAGUGGUGCCAGCAACUUUUCCUGGGCCUAGCAGGAAAGAAAAACAUAGGAAAAUCAGAGAGAGGCACAAGACUAAGAAAGAACGCAAACGCAAAAAGGAAAAGAAAAAGAAGCAUAAGAAGCAGAAAAACAAAGGAAAACACAAGAAUAAAAAAUCAGAAAAGGACAGCAGCAGCUCAGACACUACAGAUAGCAGUGACAGCCUUAGUGAUAUGGAUACCACAGGCUUGUCCCCUAAAGAACUUCUAAGAAGAUUAAAACAACUUCAGUAUUGAAGAGCUCUCUUGCGUUCUUCAGUAUUGUGUGACUUGAUCUCAAAUUUUUGAUCUCCUCCAUGAUGGUAGAUCAGUGGUGUAUAAUGUGAAGCACUAUAGAUACAGUAUUCAUAUUGAAUUUCUUUGAAAGUGAAUGUGCAUAUGUUUAUUUUAUGAUGGUUCAUGAGUUCAAAAUGUAUAGAUUAUAGAACAUUGAAAAGACCCCUUUCUGGGCAUAAUAAGCUGAAAUACUGCAGGUUCUGUUGUAAUUAAUUAAACAAAACAUUUUAAUAAACUUUAUUAUUACAAAUAAGUUUUGUAUAGUGACAAUUUUUUUAUUCUUAGGACCUCUAAAACGCUGGAGAGUAAGUUUCAGUCUGAGUUAAGUUAGGAAGUUAAAACUAAAGCAAUCUAAAAUUUUUAUUUGGUGCAAGUCUUUUUACUGAAUCUAAUGCAGAAAUUCAUAUCUCAGUUUUCAAGUAUCUGGCUGUUAUUUUUGCCUGUCCAAAUUGCAUAACAUUUACUACAGCAGCUCUAAACCAAUAACCUUUGAUAGAAUCACAGAAUAUGCUGAGUUGGAAGGGACCCAUCAGGAUCAAGCCCAAGUCCUGGCCCUGCAGAGUUCAUUUCACAUAAAUUAUUCUGGCUAAUGAGCUAAAAGAUUAUAUAUGAUUUUAAACUGCCUCAUUUUAUGUAGUUACAAAGAAAACUGUUCAUGCUUUUUGUCUGCAGUUGUCAUAUUGUAGAAUAAUUUAAAUAUGAGCAAUGAAAUAAUACUGAGCUGCCUGGAGGUGGCGGGGGGCAGCUCUGGGGGCAGCUUGGAGCAGUCUGGGAAAGGCAAACAGGCUGGGCUGGGGGACUUAUGGCAGCUGGUGUUAGCUCUGUUCACACAAACAAAUGCUUGACAGUCAUGAGCAAACUCCCAGAUGAGGGAAGAAAAGACUUUUCAAAAUAUCUUUGCCAAAAUUUGUGACAGUCUUGCUAAAACCUGUGGCCUAAGACCUGCAUUUUGAUGGGCCAAAAUCAAAGAAACAAGUGUUUGAAAGACUUGGGAGACUUCAUGAGAUUUAAAGGUUUUUUUGAGAGAAAGAAGUUUGAAAAUAAACCUCCAGAAAAAUAAAAACACAAUCCCCAUCCAUCAGCAUCUGUUUUUUUUUUCAACCAGAUUUGGUAAAUCUGCUCCAAGGUAGUAUGAAGGAUGUGAACUUUGCUCAGUCAAGUGGAAGUGUGGAAUUUAGGAUACAUUCUCCUGUGGUUCUUGCUUUGAUAGUCCCCCUUGUGGACUAAACUGUCAGCUCAUGUGAGCCCGUGAGAGCUUUGCAAGCAAAUGACUGUUUCUGUGCUAAGCAGAUUGCAGGCAUUGAGAUCUGGCAUACAUUGAGCUGUCCUGACUUAAUGUAAGAAUUGGUAAUGAGUAGUAGU